AUGCCUCGCUUAGCAUGUCAGCAGUCAAAGGACCCCCAACUUGACAACUAUGCGGUCUUGAGCGCGCUAGAGGUGCUCUCUAGCGAGGUUCCAAGCUCCGAAGUGGCGGUUAGCGUAAGCGCGAGCUUCGUCUUAAUUGAGCUUGCGAAAAAGGGUUUAGUCGUUAAGUCGUUCCAAGCUCUAAUUCCAAGUGGUCCGAAAGGCGUAGCCGUGAAUUACCUUAAAAAGGGAGAGGCCGCCGAAAGAGUCGUAAAAGAGCGUCAAUUAGGCGAAGUCUAUUAUAAAAAGGAACUCACUCUAAUCGUCUUGAUAAUAGCUUACGAAAGGACGGAAGCGCUUCUGCAAGUACUGGUUAUAGAUUUCGGUCUAACCGUCAGUCUUAAAGUGUGCGGCGGUGCUAAGGGUCAGUUUAAUGCCGAGGAUCUUAUUAAAUUCUUUCUAAAACUCGGACCAAAGCCUGGCUCUGAGGCUGGACCUCAUGGUCUCACAAAAGAGAUGUCAGAAAAGAAGAUGGGUCCGUCUAGUGUAGCCUUAGUGGCCAUGGCAGGUACCCCAUCAGGCAGGGUGUUUACAUCCGUCCUCUCAUAG